AUGCGCAAGGAGAUCGACGCAUUAGAACUUAACGAGACCUGGACGCUUGAACGUCUUCCUCCCGGUGUCAAAGCUCUUGGCUCUAAAUGGGUGUAUCGGCUUAAGUUUAAUUCAGAUGGUACACUUGAACGAUAUAAGGCUCGGUUAGUCGCUUUUGGUAAUCACCAAAAAGAGGGUGUUGAUUUCUCGGAGACAUUUGCUUCGGUUGCAAAACUUCAAACCGUCCGAACCUUACUUGGUGUUGCUUCGGUUAAAAAUUGGGAACUCCAUCAGAUGGAUGUUCACAACGCAUUCUUACAUGGAGAUCUUGACGAGGAUAUCUACAUGAAACCUCCUCCCGGUUUUCUUCCCGCUGAUCCGUCUCUGGUGUGCAAACUUAAAAAGUACAUUUAUGGUCUACGGCAAGCUCCUCGCUGCUGGUUUUCCAAGUUGUCUACAGCUCUUCUUGACUAUGGUUUUGUUCGAUCUCACAAAGAUAAUUCUUUGUUUACCUAUCGGCGUGGCGGUGUUGUUCUUCAUGUUCUUGUCUAUGUUGAUGAUUUGAUUGUUUGUGGUGCUGAUUCUGCAGUUCUCAAAUCGUUUAAAGCUUAUCUAUCUCACUGUUUCAAGAUGAAGGAUAUAGGCAUGUUGAAAUAUUUUCUAGGCAUUGAAGUUGCUCGUGGACCUGAUGGCAUCUUUCUCUUACAGCGGAAAUAUUGUCUUGAUAUAAUUGACGAGUGUGGUUUGUCUGGUUCGUGUCCGGUUGAUACUCCUAUGGAGCAAAAUCAUACGCUGUUGGAUUCUAAAAGUGUCCCGUACUCGGACCCGGCUCAAUAUCAUCGUCUUGUUGGGCGUCUUGUUUGUCUCCUCCAUACGCGUCCUGAGUUAAGUUAUGUUGUCAACAUUCUUGCACAGUUUAUGCAGACACCUCUUUUGGAUCAUUGGAAUGCGGCUCAGCGUUUGGUUCGUUACUUAAAGUCUUCACCUGGUCAGGGUGUUGUUCUUUCUUCCACGACUCCUCUUCAAGUGAAUGCCUAUUGUGAUUCUGAUUUUAAUAAGGAUCCUUCAUCUAGACGGUCUCUUACUAGUUAUAUAGUUAUGCUUGGCGAUUCUCCUCUUCAAUGGAAGACCAAGAAGCAAAGUCGUGUUUCUCUUUCAUCGGCUGAAGCGGAGUAUCGCGCUAUGGCUAUGACCUGUACGGAGCUCUUGUGGCUGAAAGAAGUUUUGCAGUUUCUUGGCAUUGCUAAUCCUCAGCCAAAACUAAUUCAUAAUCAAAUGUUCUUGUGA